UAUUAUCUUAAACUUUGAAAUAUAUAUUCUGGAUCUUCAAAUUUAAAAUGAGUAAAGUAAAGUCGCCUAAAAAGCAAAUAACGAAAAACCCAAAAAAAUCUGGAAAUGGAUUGGCAAUCAAUGAUGGAUCCUUAAAUAUGAUUGUAAAUGACAAAAGCAUUGAUGAAUCUAAAGAACUAUUAGAUCAAUCUGCAAGACUAUUAGAUGAUAACAUAAAACUAUUGAAGAAAGUGACUUUAACAGAUAAUCCAAUUAUUUUAAAAAAUGAAAGUACAUUGAGGAAAUAUGGACUGACUCGUAGAGAUUCAUCCAAAUCUAACUUUUGCGAUAUCGACCGCGAUUUUACAGAUCCAGACAGCAUAUCAAUUUCAAGUUCAGAGUUGCGUAAUGCGGAUAAAGAAAUAUCAGAUUUAUUCGAUAAAGAACUUUCGUUGAUGAAUGUUGACUUAACACCAAAGCUAAAGGAUGUUUCAAAGUUUAAAUAUUUUAAGAAUCAAAUUUUGCCUAAAGGAAAAACUGAAAAGCCACUUGAAUACAUAAUUCCAACAAAACCUACACACUUAGUUAACGGAUAUUUAAAAAAUAACAUAUUUACAACUGAUGUAAUUGAUCCGAACAAAAAAAUGGAACCUAUCACUGUAAUAAAUCGAUCAAAAGUCAAUUCAAAAUUGUUGGAGAAUCCUAGGGAAAAUAGAUUUAUAAAAGGUGGUCAUGAUAGUAAUGAUAAAAAAAAUGACAACUAUGAAAACCUUAAAAGUGAAAAAAAACUUCAAAACUUCCAGUCAGAAACAACUGAAAUUAUAAAAAAUAGCAAGAAAACUAAAAGAUCUGGAGCUGAAGUAUAUUUAAAAACUGCUUCUACAGGACUAGAAAGAGAACAAAGUAAACCCUUUCAUACUAGCAACGAUUUGCAUACAAGAAAAGAAAAGGUGCUAUCAAAACAGAAAGAUGAUUCGAUUGAACAAAAUAAUAUAAGCUCAAAUCAAAACCAAAAUACUGUUCUAUCUGAACCUGACACCGGCAAUUCCAUUGAGAAAACACAAAUGGAGGAAAACACAAUUAAAAACAAUGAAAACUCAAAUAACUCUGCGAAAGUGGAAGAGGUUGUCCAGAAGCGAAAAAUACAAAAUGCACCGUUUCUAACAUACAAAGAAAUGCUAAAACAAAAUAAAAGAGAUGUGCUUAAGAAGAAAUCUGGUAUUAAAGAUGUGAAGAAAAAGGUUUCCCAAUCAAUAAAAGAUGAUGCUGAGGAAGAUAUGGAGAAAUUGUUAAAACAAAAUGAAAAUAAUAUAUCAUUGAAAAUGACUGAAGAGGUAGAUAAAGUCAGAAAGAUAGAUUUUCCAUCAGUAGAGAAUAAUGUUGGAGAUGAGAUUCAUGGAUUGCUAAAACAUAGUAAGAGAGGCACGAUAGGAAAGAAAUCGAAGGUGGUUAGUAUUGAAAAGAAGAAAGAUUCUCAAGCAAUAGAAAAUAAUGCUGAGGAUGAUUCUGAGGGGCUGAUAGAACAAAACGAAAAUGAUAUGCUUAAGAAAAAACCAGAUGCGGUUAAUAAAAUGAAACGAACUGAUUCUCAACCAAUGCAAAAUAAUGCUGAUGUUGAGAUUGAGUUUGAGGAAUUGCUAAAAAAAAAUAAAAAGGAUAUCAUAAAGAAGAAAUCCGAUGUGGUUAAUAACAUGAAGAAAAAGGAUGUGCAACAAAUCAAAAAUAAUGCAGAGAAUGAUAUGGAGAUAUUAUUCCAACAAAAUAAAAGUAAUAUGUUAAAGAAGAAAGCAGAUGCGAUUAAUGCACAGAAGAAGGACUUUCAAUCAACGAAAAAUAAUGUUGACGAGAUUGCGAAAUCUCCUAUCUCCAGAAGAGUUGAAAUAAGCACAGAUGAUAGUUUAAAAAUUUCUAAGAAAAAUUCAUAUUUCAAAAAGAAAGCAAAAGCAUCGGAAGAAGAAAACUCUUUGCACACAUACAAGAAAUUGCAAAUGAAUUUAGCAAAAGAUAUUUUUAAAGAAAACAAACAAGCAUAUGAUCCUCUUAAUGACCGUGUUGAGAAACUCACAAAUAACAGAAAACAAAUAAACAUAGAUAACGAUUCACAAAUUUCUCCAACAAUUGAAGAUACGACCAAGACUUCAAAUAUUCGCGCACUUUUGGACAAGAAAAAAGGUCCUUUAUACCAUUUGUACAAUAGAAGUAAUUCCACAUACAAAGGACUAGAGUUUAACAACAAUUUUAAUGAAUAUCCAAUGAUACUUAAAUCUAAAAAAACGUAUUUACCUCAAGACAGUAAUGAUAAUCAAGCAUUAGUUGGCGAAAACAUCUCAAAUGAAAAACAUAAGAAAAAUACUUUACUUAAAACAAAGUUAAAUAAUGACGAUGAGAAUAGAACAGAUAAAAAAACCUAUUUAAACGAAAAUCAGAAAGCUUCAAAUGCUAAAACGCUUCUACUUCCACAAGAUAAAAUCACAACGAAAGAGAAUUUUUCACAACAAAUUUUAAGUCCCAGAAUAACUGCAGGUCAAGAAUAUUUAUCUCCUCAGCCUUUAACUUUAAAAGAUAAUUCUCCUAUUCUUUCACGUAAGCAACAUAAACCACAUCACGAUGAAGGGUCUUCACAAGCAGACACCCUCAUUAACACUAAUAUAUGUCCUACAUCACCAAGACAGUGUUCCGUUGAAACAACACAGCCAUAUACAGCUCUAACAGGCUUUAAACUAACAACUGAAAGUGAAGAAUUGGGAACUGGUAACUCUACAGUCAAUACAGGCCGUUCAAAAUUUUCUUUGAGAAAUUCGAAAAUAAAAUCAAAAUCAAAAAUAAAAUCAAACAAAAGUAAAACGUCUCCAACAAUAAAAACCAAAGUUACAAAAACUCGAACUCACUUGAAACCAACACCAAAGACUUCUCAACUGUCAAAGACCACAACUGCAAAUGGUUCUGAUAGAUUAUGUGCUCCAAAAGAUCAGACAGAAAAAAUGCAAGAAAUAAAUUUGAUAUCUAAUAGACUCAAGAAAUUCCGGUAUAAUGAACAAAAUGAGAGAGCAGACCAGUUAUCAAGUAGAAGUUCCGAAACCGAUUUCGAUUCAUCAUCAUCAGAAAAAGAAAAAUUUACUGGUGCUGAUGGAGAAGAAACUGCCGAUAACUUAGCAAGAAAUAAAUCUUACUCUACAGGUACUGAUGAAUCUGUGCAAGUAUUAAUGAAGAGAAUUCGAAAAAAAAAACUGAAAACUAAAACUAAAAGUAAUGAGUUGAAAAACCAGAAUGAUUCUACCGAUUCUGAUUCUCCAUUGAAAAAGAUUGCCGACGGCAAACAAUAUAAAACUCUAACAGCUCCAUUAAAAAAAAAAUUUCCACGCAAUCCGGAUCCUGUGACACAAAUGCAACAAAAUGAAAAGCGUUUAGAAGGAGGGCAUGAUUUCAUCAGUACUGACUCCUCAGAUUCACUACCACCAACUUCGAAAACCUAUACCACACAGAAACUGGGUGCCACAUUUACUCCAAUUAAAGAAAACGUAAGAAGAAAUAAUAAAUUUCAAAGUCAAACAAAAAAAACUGAACUGAAAACCACAAAAACUGGUACUAUAAAAAAACCCAACAAGUCUUUACCAAAAACAACCAGUGUAUUUCAAAAACUUUUAUCGAAACCACCAUCAAAGGAACAAACAUUUUUUCUGGCCAAAGCACAUUCAGGCAAGUUAUCCUCCGCCGGUGUUACACCACGCAGUAGUAAAUUUCAAUCCUCACCCAGUCAAAGCUUUAAGGCACAUAAUAAGGGUUUGACUUCUAACAAUGACCAUGAUAACAUGAGCGCAUUAAAAUAUGUCAGAGAUUGUGAGGCGAAAUUAGCUACAGCCCACUUAAUACCCGGAAGAACACCUGAGUUGAAAAGCACCGCAGAUGUUAAUGCUAUGCAAUAUUUUAGACAGUUACAAGACCAAAAAAAAGAAGGAUUUAUUAAGCUUGAUGCUUCAAAAAAUCAAAAGAAACCACAGAGCAAGAUCAAAUUCCCAACUAUUGAUAAAGAUAAAAAAUUAUUUCAUUCGAAUGCAAGUUCUGCAACUAAAGCUGAUAAAUUACGAAACUUGUAUAGUAUGAAUACACAUCAGCUUAAGUCCUCUGCGGCAACAUCAAAUUUAACUAACGCUACUAAACCCAUUGAAAAUAUGAACGGAAUCCAAGAAACUGAAAACAUUACAACUGCACCCACUUUCAGAAAUAAUCCAUAUAAUUUAGAUGACAUCUUUCCGAGUGUGGGCUCCACAGCUUAUAGAACUAAAGCGAUAUCCAUUGUUGGCGAUAAUUUUAUGAAUAAAAUAAUGCCAGAUGUUAAAAAUACUUACUCAGAAAAAAUGAGGCAACAUGAUCCAGCUAAAAUAACCGCUCCAACCCCUAGUCUUGCGGCUGUUCCUUCUAAUACCGCCAUUGGAAAAGCCCGUUCAAAUCAAUAUAAAAAUGUUAUAAGUCCUAUUGCUUCUUAUAUAAAAAGUACCACUAGUGCUAAUUCUUCUAGUAAAGUACCUUUAAAUAAGCCUCAAAGCAAGAGUGUUGACAAAAUAAUCGGAAAGAAAAAGGUCUCAACCGGAACAAUCAAAAGCAAGCCUACAACUUCUUCGAGUUCUCGUUUUCAAGCCAAAAAGUAAAUACAAAUGAAUUAAUUUGUUAUAAGCAAUGUUUUUACAAAAAAUAUUUUUUUAU